AUGUUUGACGACGAAUCGAGUUUGUUUGGAUCGGACGAGGAGGACGAGGAGAAGAAGAAGGAGGGUAAUGACGACAAGAAGUUCUUAUUUCGUCGUGAACUUCGGACAAUGCUGUACGGAUUUGGUGAUGAUAAGGUUCCGUACGAUAAAACAGUGGAAUUGCUCGAGUACAUAGUUGUGGAUUACGUGCGUGAACUGUGCCAACGCGCUGUGAACGUUGGUAAACCGGGGAAGUUGUCACUGGAAGAUAUUCAUUACUUGAUUCGACGAGAUGCCAAAAAAUUCGGUAGGGUGAAGGAUUUAUUGUCGAUGAGCGAAGAACUGAAGAGGGCGCGGAAGCAGUUCGAUGAAGCGAAAGCUAUAUGA